AUGGCUGAUAAUCUGAGUUUUUGUACCGAUCGUCUCGUGACAUCUGAAAGCUUAAAUUCAGAGAGAGGAACCAAUGAAUCGACUGGAGAAAGUUCCAAAGCUCAAGGCACCACAAGCCUGUCUACUACUAAAUCUAUGGAUGAUAAAACUGAGGAAGAAGAAACGAGGGAACAAGUUCGCGAUGAUGUUGCUGAUGAAGAGGAACCGCUUAUCCAAUCGGUUGAAUGCCGUAUAUGCCAAGAGGAAGAUUCCGUUAAGAACCUCGAGUCCCCUUGUUCUUGUAGCGGCAGUUUGAAGUAUGCUCAUAGGAAGUGUGUUCAGCGUUGGUGUAACGAGAAAGGCGACACAAUCUGUGAAAUAUGCCACAAGUCUUAUCAACCUGGCUACACAGCUCUACCGCCUCCUCCCGCUGAUGAUACUGUUAUUGAUAUCGGUGAAGACUGGGCCAAUGGUGUUCCCUUAGAUCUAAACGACCCUCGCAUUUUGGCAAUGGCGGCUGCAGAACGCCAUUUCUUUGAUGCGGACUAUGAUGAAUACGCUGAUUCUAACUCAAGUGGAGCUGCAUUCUGUCGCUCUGCUGCUCUUAUCUUAAUGGCGCUUUUACUCUUGCGACACGCUCUGAACCUUACCAACAACAACUCAGACGAUGAAGAAGACGAUCCAUCAGCUUUCUUCUUUCUUUUCAUGCUUCGUGCUGCCGGUUUCCUCCUCCCCUGUUACAUCAUGGCUUGGGCUAUUAGUAUCUUACAACGUCGCAGACAAAGACAGGAAGCAGCCGCUCUGGCCGCUGCAGAAGUAGCGUUUAUGUUACAUAGCGGCAGUGGACAACAACGCAGAGGAGGAUUGCACUUUGCGGUAGCACCUGAGCUGAUACCUAACCCACAACACCAUCCUGAAGCUUCACCGCAAUGA